AUGGGGCAACCGAAGAGCCAGAAGAGCGUCGGCCUGGGCAAUGCCCUGAUGCACGACCGCUUCGGCAAGGGCAAGGGAAAGGAUCGAAGGAAGGGCACUGGAGUCACCCGUAUCAACCACGCGACCGGCGAGGAGUACAUUACAAAUGACCGCGAAGAGGCGAGUUGGGUCAAGAUGAGGUCGGUCACGGAGCAGGGCGCCCUCGACGAGUUCUUGGCGACAGCGGAGCUCGCUGGGACCGACUUCACAGCCGAGAAGAUGAACAAUGUCAAGAUCAUCCACACCGAUCAGAAGAACCCCUACCUGCUCUCGUCAGCAGAGGAGCGCAUCGCAUCAAAGAAACACAAGGAGAACAAGGACAAGUUGACAGUACCAAGACGGCCGCACUGGGAUGCGUCUACCACACCUGAGGAGUUGGAUGCCAUGGAGCGGAAGAGCUUUCUCGACUGGAGGCGAGGCCUUGCGGAGCUGCAGGAGAACCACGACCUUCUGAUGACCCCGUUUGAGCGAAAUCUAGAGGUCUGGCGUCAGCUCUGGCGUGUCAUUGAGAGGUCGGACCUAGUCGUGCAGAUUGUCGAUGCGCGAAAUCCUCUGAUGUUCCGUUCCGAGGAUUUGGACACGUAUGUCAAGGAGGUUGACCCACGCAAGGAGAACCUGCUUCUCAUCAACAAGGCCGAUAUGAUGACAUACAAGCAGCGAAAAGCUUGGGCAAAUCACCUGAAGGGCGCGAAGAUUGCUUACAGGUUCUUCUCCGCUCAGCUGGCAAAGGAGUACAACGAGGCGCAGGAAGACGAAGAUUCUGACGAAUAUUCCGACGAAGAGCCCCAACCGAGCAGCUCCAAGGCGGCAGAUGACAACCCCAAUCUCCCGUUGACCGAGAGCGCCAUUGCACCCGAACAAGACGACGAAGACACGAGAAUAUUGACCGUGGAUGAGCUAGAAGGCAUCUUCCUGCAACACGCACCCACGAACCCGGAGAAGAACACAAAGCUGACAAUUGGCCUGGUGGGGUAUCCCAACGUCGGAAAAUCGUCCACCAUCAACGCUCUCAUUGGAGCCAAGAAGGUCUCCGUGUCGGCCACACCCGGCAAGACCAAGCAUUUCCAGACGAUCCACCUGAGUGAGAACGUCGUUCUCUGCGAUUGUCCCGGUCUCGUUUUCGCCAACUUUGCCAGCACAAAGGCAGAGCUGGUCUGCAACGGUGUUCUUCCUAUUGACCAGCUGCGGGAGUUCACCGGGCCUGCUGCCCUGGUGGCCAAGAGGAUACCAAAGAGCUUCCUGGAGGCUUUGUACGGUAUCACGAUCAACAUGAGGCCUCUGGAGGAGGGCGGUACCGGAACAGUCACGGCUUCAGAGAUGUUGAGAGCGUAUGCCCGCGCGAGAGGCUUCGCUACCACGGGGCAAGGAAACCCAGACGAAUCUCGAGCGGCGAGAUAUGUCCUCAAGGACUACGUCAACGGCAAGCUCCUCUAUGUUGAGCCUCCGCCGGGAGACAUUGACGCAAGGGAAUUCAACAGUGAGCUGUACGACCCGUCACAUCUGACAGGAAAGAGACGACUGGCCCUCUCGAGCGCCAUGGAGUCAAUGUCAGUUGCCGCAGACGAUGGAGCGUCCGUAGAUCUGGACAUGAUCAUGGACAUGCCGGCCGGGCCCAAGUCCAAGAAGCUGGACAAAACCUUCUUCGGCCCCGGGAGCGGCAGCGCCGGGCACCUCAACAAGCCUUUCAGCUUCAAGUACUCCGAGCAGGGCCAGGCGGAAGGAAGGCAGCUGAGCGGGAGGAAAGCCAGGACACUGGCUGCGCUGGAGAAGGGCCUGGACCCUAGGGACGCGCAGUUGAACAUGUCCGGCAAAAAGCACUUCAAGGGCGGGCAGAAGACCCGGACGAAGAAGAAGCCAAGUACGGCGGACGAUGACUAG